AAACGGUCCUAUAAAGCUGGAACAAACUGGGAUGGUCGGCACGGAUCGAGCGGAAAAGAUUGUGGAUAGAACAAAACUUGACACAAUGGAGUUUGGCUUAUUAGCAUUGGUUGCUUUUUUCUCUUCAUUUUACAACGUUUUGGCGCUCCCACACAAAGGCGCGUGUCUUCUUGAAGUGGAUGAAGGACCCUGCAGAGGAGAAAUCGAGCGCUAUUACUACAACACCAUCACCCAGAAGUGCGAGAUAUUCUACUACGGGGGCUGCCUGGGUAAUGCAAACAACUUUAAGAGCUAUGAGGCGUGCCGUAAAGCCUGCUUCAAAAUCCCAAAGAUUCCGCAAAUCUGCAGGUUUCCUAAAGAGGAGGGACACUGCCGUGCCCUCAUACCCCAAUACUUCUUCAACAUGACCACCAUGCAGUGUGAACUUUUUUACUACGGAGGCUGCGGGGGGAACUCCAACCGCUUCCCAUACGUUACCUCCUGCAUGGAGUACUGCAGUCCACAAAAAUCUGUUCCUGUACUCUGUCUGGACCCUUUGGACAGAGGGAAGUGCUCAGCCUCCAUAGCUCGGUAUUACUACAACAAAGCCACCAAGAUGUGUGAGGAGUUUGUCUACUCAGGCUGCGGAGGAAGCAGCAACAACUUUGUGUCUCGGCAGAGCUGCAUGGACGUGUGUGUUAAAGGAGGGAAAAAGCACACGAACCAGUGGAAAGGUCGGCUCAUGAGACGGAAUAGAAACCGUCCCUUCACGGUCUUGCGGGCCUAGACGUCUGACGUAUACUCUCAGAAAUCCUCACUUGGACAAAUCCUUAAUGGAAACUAAAGCCUUUAUUGAUUACUGAAACACUGACGAGGUUGUCUUUGUUGUUAUGAAGCACAUACACACAUUGCAACUGUAUUUUUAAAAGCCUCAUUAUGAUUGUUAUAUGUGAUUUUAUUGUAUGCUAUUGAUAAUAUUUGUUAAUACUGCAGUUUCUAAUUUUGUAUUUUGAUAUUUCAUGUAUGAAAUGUAUAUUGUAUGCAUGGUCUUUAUUUUAUUUGCUCAGCUGCAUUUUUUUUAUAAUAUACAGAAUUUGUUGAAGAA